ACCACAGUUGUCCUCCAUCUCCCAGACCUCUGUGCGAAGACGUGACAUGUUGUAGGAGGAGACCUCGCCUAGCCAGAAAGAAGAAGAAUUUUGUACCUGCAGCUUGUCCAAGAAAGCCAAGAAGUACCUGCCGUUUCUGAGGGGGAAAUCGUAUGGUGCGGAGCGGGAUAAAGGUUUUACCACUCCACUCGAGGCUGUAGUGCACCAUGGAGAAGCAACUGCAUUUGAAUAUGCUAACAUCAAGACCCCCAAUGCCUGGAGGUUUGCAGUCUGGUGGUUCCAAAAUGCGAAUGGGGCCUGGCCGGAAACGAGACUUCUCCCCGCUGCCCUGGAGCCAGUACUUCGAGACCAUGGAGGACGUGGAGGUGGACAACGAGAACAGCAAAGACACGUUCCGUAUCUACAGUAGUGGUUCUGAGGGGCCCGUCCUGCUGCUUCUUCAUGGGGGAGGACACUCAGCACUCUCCUGGGCCGUAUUCACCGCGGUUAUCUGCAGUAGAAUCCACUGUCGGGUGGUUGCCAUGGACCUUCGUGCACACGGUGAUACGUCGGUAAAGAACAAUGAAGAUCUGUCAGCAGAGACAAUGGCCAAGGAUAUCGGUAAAGUGGUAGAGGCACUUUAUGGGGAAUCACCUCCCCCCAUCAUGAUGAUUGGACACAGCAUGGGCGGGGCCAUCGCGGUUCACACGGCAGCAGCCAAUCACGUGCCAUCCCUGCUGGGCCUCUGCGUCAUCGAUGUGGUGGAAGGAACUGCCAUGGAUGCCUUGAACAGUAUGCAGAACUUCCUCCGGAGUCGACCAAAGACAUUCAAGUCUGUCGAGAACGCCAUUGAAUGGAGCGUGAAGAGUGGACAGAUCCGCAACGUAGAGUCUGCACGAGUGUCUAUGGGGGGCCAGGUGAAAAAGUGCGAGGAACCCUUGAGCAGCCCAGGCGUGUCGAAGAGCAUCACAGAGGGCAUCAUUGAGGAAGAGGAGGAGGAGGAGGAAGAGGGCCAGUCCAACCACAAGAGGAAGAAGGAGGACGACCCAGAGGUGAAGAAGGAGAGCUUGUACACGUGGCGUGUUGAGCUGUCUAAGACGGAGCAGUAUUGGGAGGGCUGGUUCAAGGGCCUCUCCGCUCUCUUCCUCUCCUGCUCCGUGCCAAAGCUACUACUGCUCGCUGGUGUGGAUCGGCUGGAUAAAGACCUAACUAUUGGACAGAUGCAAGGAAAGUUCCAGAUGCAGGUGCUCCCCCAGUGUGGUCAUGCUGUACACGAGGACGCCCCUGAUAAAGUAGCUGACGCACUGGCCAACUUCAUGGUGCGACACAAGUUCACAGUGUUCAAGGAUGGAUUCCCAUGAUGACUGCCAUCUGGUGUCCGGUUCCUUGCUGCUCUGACGCUGCCCAACGCACUGAGGCCCUUCAAAUGUCAUUCUCCAUUUUAGCCAGCAGGGGCCGCCAGAGUGGCUCAACAACACGACUGGACGUCUGUGCUGCAAAGCUAAAACCCUCCCGGCUCCUCAUCCUUAAUUUAAAACGUUUUUAAGAAAUUUUAUUCAGAAAAAUGUCUUUAUGCCCUCGCCGUUAUCGUCAAGUGUUUUUUUUUUCUUCUUUAUUUCUUUUUUCCAUACUGAAUUGAUCCAGAGCAGAGGUUGAUUUUUCGCGCGUCUUUUGUUAAAAUUGCAGGGAUUCAUUUUUCUUUUUGUUCUUUUUUUGUUGUUGAUACCUUUAGUUUGCUCUGGGUCAUUCGUUUUUUAUGUCCUGCAAUGCCUUGCCUGCAUUAGUUUGGGGUGAUUGCCUGAUGUUCUUUGUGUUGGCCAUGAAUGGUUUUGAUGAAAAUAAUAAAUAUGAAUUAUAAUGGGA